UGCGAGCAACCGUUGGGGGCCAAUGUGGGCUUGCUGGCGUCUCCAUUGCAUGGCGUUUUCUGAGAGAUGUUCUGAAGAGCUUGCAAGAUCGCCCUGCACAUUUGUUCCUUUCCCACUCGACGUGAUGCUGGUCAUGCAUCCCAUUCCACGAGAUGCACGUGGGCCAUGGUGGCUCAACAAAUUAUAGAACCCCGCGCUACUCGCGGAGCCAAUGAAUGACCGUGCUUUGUCAAAUCUUUCUCACCUCUGUCGCCGCGCCUCGAUCCGAAUGCGGAGAUGAAGGUGCUUGCAAUCUUCACUUUUUACUGCGUCACCCAUGCCCUGCGUCCAGAAUUGGAUUUGACGGAAGGACAUUUGAAUUGGCACGCCGGAACAUCGGAGAAGCGGAAGCUUCGAAGUGAAAUGGGAUCAGCGGUACAGAUGCUGAUGGAAGCUGCAGAUAGUUUCUUCUUGAGCGCUGCCAUGCAGGCAGAGCGCGCUGAAGCGGAGAGCUAUCAGGUGGCCCAGGGAAUUUCUCAACUGGGACUACCUCUGCAAGAGCGAUUCCGGAUCUUUGCAGUGGCUCGAGCCCUGCGCUCGAUGGGUGAGCAAUCGGGAGGCCUCGCACCUAUAGAGCCAACGAGCGCCUUGGAGGGGCCUCGCCGUCGCUCGCGGGAUCGGAAUCGCACCCGGUGGACGGCCCUCAACGGUGUAG